AUGAAGGCAAUACUAAUCGUACUUUCUCUAUUUGUCGCAUAUUUAAAUGCAGGUAAGCUAUCAGAUGUUUUUCCUAUAAUUUCUAAUCGUUUUCAGCAAGUAUUGAUCAAUGCUCGAAUUAUUCCUUAGAAAAAGAGCUCGAUGCAAUCAAUAAGACUUGUCUCACAAGCCAUGAUAAACAAAUGUUGACUGGAAAUGUUGUCAAAGGUUUUUUGAAUGGCAUGUUGUAUUCAUUUGUGAUGCCAGUGGUACAAGAAACAAUUGGACUGUCCGAAAUGCGAAAGGCUUUGGGCUUCAAGAAAAUGGGACCAUGGAAAGUAUAUAGAUAUGGGAAGCCAAGUGAAAAACAAAUCGAAAAUGCGAAUGGAAUUGAGGAAUAUUAUGAGUUGAUGGAGCCAAAAAAUAUGAUUAGAAGUUCGAACACUCCCAUUCUAUUAGAGAAAAAUGUCAUUCCCAAUAUUGGGCGUUUUGAUGAACGGAUUCCUGGUAUUCGACAUGUUUAUCGAUGCGAAUUUGCGGAAAUUAUGAAAAGAAUUGGAAAGAUUGAUCGAGAAACUGUCGAUAAAAUGAUUGAAAAAUGGACGGAAAUCUCAAAAAAAAUGAAUAAGGCAACGGACGUUUACGGAGAUCAUGGUGAUUGUGAGAGAGAAGAAAAGCAACGGGAAUGGGAAGCGAUGGUAGAAUCCGCGGAAGAAGACGAACGACUUGCGGAACCACAAAUUGAAAAUGUAUAA